UUGUGUCAGAGAUCAUAACAGAUAUAUAUAUAUGCAUAUAUAUUUAAUAUUUAGCCAUCUAAAAACCAAAAAUAUAAAACUUGUGAGGUUGAAUCAUGCAAAACAACAAUACUCUUCCUCCAAAUAUUCUUGGCUUGGUGAGAAAAUUCUGAGCUGGAAGGAUUCUGAUUCAAUUAGUGUUCCAUACAUUAUUUUGUGUUUUUUUUGAAGUGAUGCUGAAUACAACCUCAGUCACCGAAUUUCUCCUCUUGGGAGUGACAGACAUACAAGAACUGCAACCUUUUCUCUUCGUGGUUUUCCUCACCAUCUACUUCAUCAGUGUGGCUGGGAAUGGAGCCAUUCUAAUGAUUGUCAUCUCUGAUCCUAGACUCCAUUCCCCUAUGUAUUUCUUCCUGGGAAACCUGUCCUGCCUGGAUAUCUGCUACUCUACGGUGACACUGCCAAAGAUGCUGCAGAACUUCCUCUCUACACACAAAGCAAUUUCUUUCUUGGGAUGCAUAAGCCAGCUCCAUUUCUUCCACUUCCUGGGCAGCACAGAGGCCAUGCUGUUGGCCGUGAUGGCAUUUGACCGCUUUGUGGCUAUCUGCAAGCCACUUCGCUACACUGUCAUCAUGAGCCCUCAGCUCUGUACCCAGAUGGCCAUCACAAUCUGGACCAUAGGUUUCGUCCAUGCCCUGCUGCACUCCGUAAUGACUUCUCGCUUGAACUUCUGUGGUUCCAACUGUAUCCAUCACUUCUUCUGUGAUGUGAAGCCGUUGCUAAAGCUGGCCUGUGGGAACACGGAGCUCAAUCAGUGGCUGCUCAGUACUGUCACAGGGACAAUCGCAAUGGGCUCUUUCUUUCUCACAUUUCUCUCUUAUUUCUACAUUAUCACCCAUCUCUUCUUCAAGACUCAUUCUUUUGGCAUGCUCCACAAAGCACUGUCCACUUGUGCCUCCCACUUCAUGGUAGUUAUUCUUUUCUAUGCACCUGUUCUCUUCACCUAUAUUCGUCCUGCCUCAGGAACCUCCAUGGACCAGGACCGGAUCAUUGCCAUCAUGUAUACUGUGGUCACUCCUGUACUAAACCCACUGAUCUACACUUUGAGGAACAAGGAAGUGAAGGGGGCCUUUAAUAGAGCAAUCAAAAGGUAGCUUUGACCUAAAGAAAUCUUGAAGAACUCUUCUGAAGCAUAAAUAAACAAUUAAAAAGUUGAGUUUGUAAUUAUACUGUUUCUUAAAUUAUUUAGAAAUGUACAACAGAGGGAACUGGAUAAAACAAAAAUAUAUGGAAAAAUAUGCUGUAAUUGUAUUUAACAAUGUUUUCCUAGGUUAUAUAAGGGACAUUUGAAUGAAUGGG